UAAUAAUCUUUUUCAUGCUAUAAUCACGUUUCGUGAAGCAGUAACUUAGUAUUGUCUCAUGGGUUCGGCCGCCACGGGAAACGCUCUCGCAAUCAGUUCCAAUCAUGACGCUGCGCAGCCGCAACAUUUAAAAUGUUGCACACUAUAAUACUCCUUGUUGCUCUAGUAGAAAUCUACGGACAAGCAGCCCCAAGUGUCAAAGAAAAACCGAUCAAACCUUACAUGUUCCCGAUACCUUUUGAACUACCAAACAGAAACGAUAAAGCAGAUCAGUGCUACAUAAGAAUAGAAGAUGUGGAUAUUACUGAAACUCUAGUAGUGAAGUGUUAUAUAGCUCAUGAUUUCCUUCGAAGCUACAUCCAUGAUUAUAAUGCUAUCAAAAUGACUGAAGAUGACGUCAACGUCAGUCUGUGGAGCGAGCGGCCGAGAAAUCAAGAAGAUACCAUCCCAAAGAUUCCCGAAAAUGACUUUAAAGGCGUCAAAGAUUGGAAGACGACCACAGUUUUGGAUCCUAUUACGGGGAUGAGGUUGUACGUCACCCAAAAAGCAGACUGCAGACUAGUGAUGUACAGCAGAGAAGGCAUGUCGAAUUACAAUGUUGACUGUGCCCCGUUUCUAUACUUCGUGAAUGACAGAAUUAGUGGGAGCGGUGUGUUUUUACAGGGUGAAAUUUUGCUGAUUGCCAUUUGUUUUUUCCUCAUAUCGAUCACAAGUCCGAUAUCAAAUUAGUCAUGUGGUUGGUUAUUUCUCGUUUUUCCUCGUGAAUGAUACGUAUACAUUUGUGAUAAUAUUUUUUAAGUAAUUAUAGUUAUUUUUAUGUAAAUAACAAGUUAUGGAAAUAAAGUCCAGUGAGAAUUUUG